AUGUUAACGAAGUCUAAUCAAGGUGAAAUCCCAAAAUCAGCUGGAACGUCUCAAGAGAACGAACCUACGUUAAAUCAAGACCAAGGAGAUGCAAAUCUCGGUCCAAAUGCAGUUGUCCUAGAUCUAGGAGAUUUAGAUAAAUCUAAGAAUCUCGAUCAAUCUGCUAAGGGUCAAGCAGUUCAAAGUCAAGGAGAUGUUAGCAAGUCUAAAGAUCUCGACUCAAAUUUAGAACAAAGUUCUAUAGUAAAAAAUCCUAUAAUAAUAAUGGAAGAUCUGACAGAAGAUCAAGAUUCAAAUAACUCGAACGAAGUGGUUAACGCUAACUUGUUAGAUGUAAACAAUGCUUUUAAACAAGUACCGGUAUUGAAAAGCAAAGCUACUCUGAAAAAGACUAAAUCGAAAUCAUUAUCAAUUGAAAGAAGUAAUAGUGAAAGUCAAGUCAUUAACUCAACUUAUCUAGACGCUCUUAGAAGUGCACCAAAAGACAUACAAAACGACUCAGUUAUAAUGGAAUCGAAUGAUAAAUUUGAUAAUGGAAUAGAUUUAACAAAUAAAAAUGAAGUUUUCAAGAAGGCCAUGGAAUUAACGAUGAAAGGAGACAGUAGUGCUGCAGCGAAAUACCUGAAAGUUUACGAAUCUCUGAGCAAUCUUGAUUUAAGCAAUUUGAGACCAGUCACGAAGAGAGCAACUUCAGCUAACCCAGUCAUGAGCGACAUAGAUGUUAGACCAGAAGGUAAGACAGACGGUGGUAUUUUCGAAAACGGUAUGUGGUUCUUCCCAAAUAGAAUCACAAAUUAUCAAAACCACAGUUACACACCUUAUUUCGAUAGGAACAUCAAAGAGUUGUGUUACCCUAUCCCAUUAACGAUCUUUGAUAAAGAUUGGCAGAAUAAGUCUAUGGGCUAUCAUGCUAAGAAGAAAAUUAAAUCAGUAGAAGGUGAAUUAAAAACUGAAGCCUAUACAGGCCUACCUUAUGCGGAUGAGUGGUUGUUGGACUACGGUGAUUGGAGCAUACAUUAUAACGGUUAUAUCAACGCCCUUCGAAAUGCGAAAUUCACGAGAUUCGUGGAUUGGUCUCUAGCUCAUAAGUUAAAUGUAGAGAAAGUAAUGUCAGAAAUGGGUUGGUUGACAGCUUUAAACCAAUUACCUCUUAAUCGUUUUUGUUUAUUAGAUGAAACUUCCUUUCAAAAGAACCCUUAUGUAGAAGGAGGAGAAAGACAGGGUUGGGAUCCAGCUACAGGAAAGCCACCAAAAAAGAAUGAAAAACUUAAUCAAUUUCAGAACAAACCCUAUCAGAAAUGGAACAAUGAUCAAAACUCGAACAAUCAAAUAGCAAGUGGUAGUGGCUCGAAUGAAUAUAACUCCAACUUUAAUAAUGGUAGACCUUUCGAGAAAAAGAAAUUCCAAAGAGGUUACUUUGGUAAUAAUUACAAUGAAAAUUAUAAGGAUAAAAAGGCUGCGGCUAUGGGGAAAAAUAAACAACCAGAGAAGUAG